UUAAAGCAAUGUUGCUUUGUUUACAUCGCGCGUCGUUCGCGUACGAUUGAUUACGCGUAGAAACGGUUACAAAUGGAAUCUACUUAAUCUAAGUAGACUUUGUGUAGGUUGAACACCACUUCAAACUAAACGAAGACUUCGUACGUACUACUUGUGUAGCAAAAAAAAAAGCAUGGAACCACCUCCGCCAGCACAUCCACUUGAUGAUCAACAGGAAUUGAUAAUUUUUGUACAAAUUUUGGGCGGAAUACGCUUCCAGCAGGAAAAGCAAGGACGGAAGAUAGCACUGGUAGCCUCCCUAAACCAGCAGGUGUUCGAAGCAGUCAGCCGUCGACCGGUUACCCCGGGUUCGGGGAAUGCUUCUUUCAAUGCGAAGCUGAUAUGGCAAUGCGAUCGGCACUUUUUAAAAUCCAUGAAAACCAAGAAUGCUCCGAUAAAGCUAGACUGCUACGAGGUACAACCGUCCGGGGCUCGAUGCGUCGUGGGGAGCGUUGUCAUUCCGUUACGCUCGGUUCCGGUCGUAACGCUGCCACGAAUAAAAUCGCUCAAACCUCGCUGGUACCGUUUGAUCGGGAUAGAAAAUGAAAGGUGGCGCCGUGCCAAGCCGGAACUUCAUUUACUGGUCAUGGUAACGGAUUCCCAGUAUCUGAACCAGUGCACUACCGCACGGGACGAUCUUUCCACGCCGGAUGUGAGCGAAGAUGAGCAAACGCAACGGAGCGAACCGAAGCCAGAACGGUUGCCUAGUAACGUGGAGCUGCUGGCAGAUCGCGGGCUACUGCAGGUUGGUUGCAAAGAGACCGAUUUGGAGCUGUUUGUGUUCGAGAUCGUACUGAAAUAUGCUCAGCACUUGGAUCAAUUUUGUCCCGGGAAGGACGCUUUUCUUCUACGGUAUGAGCUGUUUGGUGACCAUCACGUAGCUAGGGCCGAACGUGUGAAGCAUGGUUCUGCGAUGUUUUCCAUUAAAGCGAAAAUACGGAUUAAUCUGCGCAGUUCCAUAGCGGCAUUAAGCGAUUACUUCGAACAUGGAUUUAAGAUUCUAGUUUCGGUACUGUUCGACGAUGAGCAGCAAAUGCCCGGUACUGGUAGAUCGGUGACCGGAAAACCGAUCGGAACAGCGACCGUUGAUUUCGCCGAUUUCCUGAAGAGCAAUAGUUUGGAAGAAUUUAAGGAAACUCAUGCUGCCAACAGCCACACAUUGGACGCGGUUCGUAGUGUAUCCUUUUUUGCGACAAAUGCAACAAUAGCUGAACGGUGCGAAACGAAAGAUAAAAUGGAAGAAAAGCUGAUAAUACCAUCGAUGAAGUAUAAGCUGUCUUUACGAUACCUGGGACGUGAUGGAGCUAUUUUAACAGAAACGACAGAAAAACCUACCUAUGGAACUGCUUCAGAAGAGAUUGACCGGCCCGAGCUAGACGCUUCGAAAUCUGCUAAAACACCUGAAACGAAACAAAAAUCGGACGAAGUUCUUCCCAAAACUGGUUACUCCAAACCUUCCACACCACAAUCUACGCGAACGAACUGCGAAGAAGACAAGACGAACAUCGACAACAUUCUCAUGGUAUCCGAGCAAGAUUUGCGCGAUAUAAGACGCACCUUUGCGUUUCGAGUGCGUGUAGGAACGGUAAAGUUCACCUCCAGUCCAUCUUCCGGUCUGUGGCAGCUGGCAUUGCAACACCCGAAGGCAGACACGCCGUUCACGAAGAUCCAACUGGAGCUACUGCCCGACAUUGCCGUACAUGAGGAUCGUAUCGAAUUUGGAGACGUUUCCCUGGAACUACUCUUUUCGGCACUUCCCGAUCGGGUCGUGGAUACGAUCAGCGCCGAACCUUCCAAACUGACACUGAACGGUCCCCACGGUUCGUAUGCUUUGGCGCGCCUCGAUAACGAAAGUCUGCUGGUAGGAACGCGCGAAAAGCUUCCGCCUGGGAUCGUGGUGAUGAUAAAUGAGGCCGGAGAAAAUGUGGCCAUCGCAUUGAUUAGCUGUGCACUGGAAGAGGUUGGUCUGAACUAUAAUUGUCAGCUCGGUAACGUACAAGAUACGACGGACUGUUGCCACAAUGCAGCAACAGCACACGGAACGACGAAAAAGGGUUUCGAUGAAACGAUCGCCUACAAGCUGGUCGAGGAACAGAAGGCGUGGAUGCGAGAACAGCGCAAACAAUUUAUUGAACAGCUCAAGCUGAAAGAAGAUCAACAUCUGCUGGCUUUGGCACAGCGCUGGAAGGAGCAACAAGCGGAGGCCGAAACACGGCUCUCGGAUCGUUUAGCCCAUGUGGAAGCGCUGGCAGCCGCUCUAGAAGAAGCUAACCGAAAACCCGAGCCGAUCACUGUCUUGCCACAGGAACUGUCGCGCGUGAAACUAUUGGAGCAACAGUUCCGAACGCAGCUGGAAGAGAUACGUGCGAAAGCGGUCCGCCUGGAGCGGGAUGCGGAAGCGCAGAUCGAAACAACACGUCGCCAGAGCCAAGAGUUGCAACAGCAGCAACUGAAACUGAGCGCCGAUCAGCAGUACUUGGUAGACAGCAACCGGACGCUGCGCAAUGAGCUAGAGCAGGAACGGGCCGCACGGGCCCAGUUGGAGCUGCAGCUAGAGGAGAUGUCCACCUCGAAGCAGUACUACAAGGAGGAGUGGGCUAGGCUAACGCGCAAGGUUCACCAAUUGCAGCAGGAACUUAGCGUGGCCCGAACACCCUACUUCCAAGCGCCCGUAAAGAAUAAACGAACGGCCCGACCAAAGAGUGCGACGACCAGUUCCGGGUCCCGGAUGUCGGUGGUACGGAGUGGUGCACAUCAGGGGGCCGGAGAUGCGUGUGCCUCGGUGUGCCACUGUUCGAAGGAUUCUGAUGAUUAACUGGCCCUAAAGUCUAGGGAGUCAUCUCGAAUCGCGGGCUCUGCUCAAUGUAAGACUGAUUUUUAUUUCUACUCAACUGUGUAUGUGCCUUAGCGAAGGAGGGAAUACAGCUAUAUUGUGAUAAUAAAUAUUUAUUUGUUUUAUAACCUAA